AUGCCGCCCGCCGCCGGCGAUCCCUCGCCUCCGCCGUCCUUCGCCCCCGCCAUCACCACCCCAGACGGGUGGCACCCGCGAACGGCGGAGCGCCGACUGCUUCACCUCCUCCACCACUGCCCCGUCGCCCGCGGCCGCCCGCUCGAGCUCCUCGCGUUCGCCGUCCGCCGCGCGCUCCCCUGCUACCCUGCGUCACCGCACCACCACGCCCUCACGGCGCUGCUGCUCCUCUCCUCCCCUCCGCCGCCCACGCUGCCGCUCCUCCGCCUCCUCCCUCCCGAUCCCCCACCCCCGCUGACGCUCCUCAACGCCGCCGUCAAGGCCCUCUCCGCCUCCUCCUCGCCGGACGAUGCCUUCCGUCUCCUCUCCACCCUCCGCCGAUUCCACGCGCCUGACCGCCUGACCUUCCUGCCCCUCCUCGGUUGCGCCUCCUCGUCCUUGCCGCUCCUCUCCGCGCUGCACUCGAUCCUCCUCCGCCUCGGCUUCCUCUCUCACCACGCCAUCUCCCUCGCUCUCCUCAAGCCCUACCCGUUCCUGCACGUCCGCGCCUUGUUCGACGAUAUGCCCCAAAAGAACAAGUGCACCAUCGCCUACAACACCCUCAUCACGGCGUGCCUCAAGGCCAGGGACAUCCGCGCCGCACGCCACCUGUUCGACGAAAUGCAGUGUCACAGGCGAUCCAGGAGGAGCGUCGUUUCCUGGAACCUUAUGAUCACCGGGUGUGUACGCCAUGGACGAGAUGACAUGGCAGUCCAGUGUUUCGAGAGGAUGGUCAGGGAAGGAGAGGUGGCGCCAGAUGAUGGGACCUUGGUUGUGGUGCUCCCGGCUUGUGGGAGGACGGGGAAUGUUGGGGCAGGGAGGUGGGCGCAUGAGUAUGCGAAGAAGACUGGCUUGUUGGACAGUACAGUGCAUGUUGCAAAUGCAGUGAUGGAUAUGUAUUGCAAGUGCGGUGAUGUUGAUAGUGCACGGAAGGUGUUUAUGACGACGCUGCAGCACAGUGUGGUGAGCUGGAACACCAUGAUCAGUGGAUUCUCAUUGAAUGGUCACGGAGUUGAGGGGAUUGAUCUGUUCCAGGAGAUGAGGAGGCAUGGAGUGGAGCCUAAUGCUGUGACAUUCUUAGCAGUGCUUGGAUGCUGUGCGCAUGCUGGGGCAGUGGAUAUUGGGCGGGAGAUCUUCCAGAACAUGCUGUCGGAGAAUGGCAUUGAACCAGCAAUUGAGCAUUAUGGGUGUAUGGUGGAUUUAUUUGGAAGGUCUGGUCUCCUUGAGGAGGCGCACGUACUGAUUCAGGGGAUGCCAAUGAAGCCUAAUGCUACCAUAUGGGGAGCACUUUUAAGUGCAUGUCGUGCUCAUGCUGGGCUUGGCAUUGCUGAGGUGGCUCUGAAGGAGCUUAUCAAUCUUGAACCAUGGAACUCGGGGAACUAUGUGUUGUUGGCCAAUCUUUAUGCGGAAACAGAGCGGUGGGAGGAGGCAGGGGAGGUGCGGAGAUUGAUGAGGAGGAUGAGUGUGAAUAAGGCUCCAGGGCAGAGCUUAAUGGAAGAAGCUGAGUUUCAGUUGACAAAUUCAUACAAUAGCUAA